GGCCAUGGAACUACCAGCUCUGGCUUCCUUCCCCCAGCCUCGAGACACUCUGGUGGGGCACAGUGGAGAAGAGAAGUGGGCCUGGGUGGAUAUGGGUCCAAAGCAGGCUUGCACAAUCUAAACCACUUCACUUGGAUCUGGGACUGAUCUUUGCAACCCACAUUCUGUGGACUGACUUUCUUGUUGUUGAAAUCAACUAAGCCACCAUACUUCUGCGUGUCAUUGGUCAACAAUCAGGGUUGGGUAGGUUACUUUCUAAAUGUAAUCCGUACAGUUGCUAGUUACCUGGCCAAAAUUGUAGUCAGUAACGUAACUUUUGGAUUGCCCAAACUCAGUUACGUAAUCUGAUUACUUUCAGUUACUUUCCCCUUAAGAGACAUUAGAAGAAGACAAAAAUUAUCCAUCAAACACAUUUGGUGUGUCAUCAUAGUGGUCUCUGACUUGUGGUUAGACUCAUUCAGGUGGAACAAACUUAAUGAUCUGACCCUUUUUUUAAAUUUUCACCUAAAAUGACUGCCUGUAGCUCAAGACCUGAAGCAAGGAUAUGCAUAUUCUUGAUACCAUUUGAAAGGAAACACUUUGAAGGAAUGUAGGAGAAUAUUACACAUUAGAUCUGGUAAAAGAUAAUACAGAGAAAAAACAUGCAUUUUUUUGUACCGUCAUCUUUGAAAUGCAAGAGAAAGGCCAUAAUGUAUUAUUCCAGCCCAGGCGCAAUUUAGAUUUUGCCCACUAGAUAGCAGCAGUGUAUGUACAACGUUUUAGACUGAUCCAAUGAACCAUUGCAUAUCUGUUCAAAAUGUUGUAUUAAGACUGCCCAAGUGUGCCUACUUGGUUUAUUAAUACAUUUUCAAGUUCAUAAUUGUGCACUCUCCUCAAACAAUAGCAUGGUAUUCUUUCACUGUAAUAGCUACUGUAAAUUGGACAGUGCAGUUAGAUGAACAAGAAUUUAAGCUUUCUGCCCAUAUCAGAUAUGUAUAUGUCCUGGGAAUUGUUUUUGUUAUUUACAACCUCAUGCUAAUCACAUUAGCUCAACCGUCCCACGGGGAGACACCGAUCCCAUAGAGCAGUGGUCACCAAACUACGGCCCACGAUUUUUUUUUGUUCAAUGCAAAGAAAAGGCUGUUUGUCUCAUCUGUCAAGAGACGGUGGCGGUAUUCAAAGAAUACAAUCUUCGCCGACACUAUGAAUCCCGUCACAAAGACAAGUACGAUAGCUUGCAAGGCCAAAUACGAGCAGACAAACUCUCAAAGCUAAAAAGUGGACUACUAUCUCAGCAGAAUACAUUUGUACGCCAAGCUCAGCUGAACCAGGCAUCCGUUCGGGCCAGCUUUCGGGUUGCUAAACUGAUAGCAAGAAGCGGUAAGCCUUUCACUGACGGAGAGUUUGUUAAGAAAUGUAUGGAUGCUGUCGCGGAGGAGGUGUGUCCCGAGAAGAAAGAUGCAUUUAAUGCCGUAAGUCUGUCGGCGAGUACAAUCACCAGACGCGUUGAAGAAAUCGGGAGUAAUGUAUAUGCCCAGCUGCAGCAGAAGACGAAAGAAUUUGACUUUUUUUCAUUAGCACUGGAUGAGAGCACGGACGUGCAAGACACAGCGCAACUGCUCAUUUUUAUUCGUGGAGUUAGCGCAAACUUUGAGAUAUGGAGGAGCUGGCAGCCCUCCAAAGUCUCAAAGGGACUACAACGGGAGAGGAUAUUUUUGACAAAGUGUGCCAAACCAUGGAGAAGUUGGACCUGGACUGGUCAAAGCUAGCUAGCAUCACGACUGACGGGGCUCCUAGCAUGGUGGGCGAAACUCGCGGUCUAAUAGGACGCAUGAACCGGGAGUUGGAAAAAAGGGGUCUCACCGCCCGCUACGAGUCCACUGCCUAAUUCACCAGCAAGCACUGUGCUGCAAAGUGUUGAAGUGGGAUUCUGUAAUGAAGGUUGUGGUGUCGUGCAUAAACUUCAUCAGAGCAAAGGGACUUAAACACAGGCAGUUCCAAGAAUUCCUGUCUGAACUGGAGUCUACGCACGGAGAUGUGCUGUACUACACAGAGGUCCGAUGGCUGAGCCUGGGCAGAGUUUUGAGGCGUUUUUACGAGCUGCUACCCGAAAUUAACGCAUUUCUUCAUUUAAAAGACAAAACGGUCCCAGAGCUGAUCGACCCAGAAUGGAAAUGGCACCUCGCAUUUUUAACAGACGUGACAGAAAUACUUAACAGCCUUAACUUGCAGCUACAAGGCGAGGGGAAACUCAUUUGCGACAUGUAUUCACACAUAAAAGCAUUUGAGGUGAAAUUAGCGCUGCUUUUGGAACAAGUGAAAAAGCGCAACUUCAUCCAUCUUCCUGCUACCCAAAACCUGUCGACAGAGAACCCAGCGGUCCAGUUCCCAGCUGAAAAGUGCGUGGAAGCACUGGAAAUGCUGAAGGCGGAGUUCGGUGUGCAAUUCAGUGAACUACAUGUUCAUGCAAAAGAAAUCCGUCUUUUUCAGAACCCCUUUGUUGCCGACAUUGAUGAAGCCCAGCCUUCAUAUCAGUUUGAGUUGGCUGAGUUACAGAACUGUGAUGUUCUGAAAGACGCAUUCAAGCCCAACAGUCUCAUUGACUUCUAUGCCGCCCUCCCAAACGACACAUAUCCAAACAUCAAAAAACACGCAAUGAAAAUGUCCACAGUUUUUGGCAGCACGUAUAUCUGCGAGAAAACCUUUUCUGGCAUGAAACUGCUGAAAACCCAGAUGAGAUCAAGAUUGACAGAUGAACAUUUGCAUCAGUGCUUGAGACUGGCUGUAACUAGAAUGGAACCUGAUAUUCAACUUCUCACCAGCCAGAUGCAGGCCCACAGUUCACACUGAUGAACAUACAUAGGGAAGUUGAUGAGAGAGAGCUGCAAACAGCGGUGUCUACAAGCCUACUGGAACCUACAAAAGGAUUAUAAGGAAGGAACACAAGAACUUUAAGAGACUGCUCAUAUGUGUCAGAGAGAUUCUGCUCUGACAACUGAGCUGAACUUUUAUCUGUUAAGAUUGUGCAUGGCACGACAGAAAGUUAAUGUUCCAUGGCUUUUUUUUCUAUGAAGAACCCAGAGAGAGUUAUUUAGUUAUUAUUUAUUUCCUGUUUUUUCUGUGAAGAACUCAGAGAGGGUUAUUUAGUUAUUAUUUAUUUCAUUAAUAGUGUUAUUAUUUGUUUCCUGACUUUUUUUCUGUAAAGAACCUGGAAAGGGUUAUUUGGUUAUGUGUGGCUUUCUGGAAAACAAUACAUUUUUAAGCUCCCCUACGAUCGUCACACUUUUUCUGUUACAAACUGACACCGGCCCCCCAUCAGAGAAGGGAAAAGUUAUGUGGCCCUCACAGGAAAAAGUUUGGGGACCCCUGCGAGGAUAAACUUGUACCUUUUGUCAAUGCUGAAUGGAAUGUCAUUGAGAAAACAGAAAGUUGUCAUAA